AUGGCGAAGCGGAAACACGUGGCGCUAGCAAGCGCAACCGGCAUCAGCCCCACUGCGACGACGAAGCGACGCAGAACGUCCGGAGGCUCAGGGCGCAAUGCAGAGCCGACGCCAGCACCGCCAUCUUCUCUACGGAUGCAUGGUGAGCCAACGGGGCCAGCAGUGCAAGCAAUGGGCGACCCUCAUCCCGACGGUUUCACCUCGACGGAGCUUGCUGAAGCUUGCGAGGCGCUCCAUUCGACGCUCAAGUGUGCUAAGGGUGGCAAGCGCCAAUACGGAAAACGCACGAAAAUGGACAAUGACGGAAGGCCAGUCGACUACCUGCGCAUGUCAAAGAGCUGUCACUUCACAACCUUUGCUGGAAACGAAGCUAUCUUAGAGGCCAUGGAGCCUUUUAUCGUUUCUGAGCUACACGCGGCGCCAGAGGAGGAGCGUCGAUUUGCGUCCGUGGGACGACCAACCACUUGCUCGGAAGCUUGCGGAGGAUCGUCGCGCGUAUCCCAGCUCGAGGAAGAGAUCCGCACCCUCAAGCAAGGCGUUGGCUCGCCCCGAAGUGCCCAAGAACUGGAACUUCGUGCACCAGCUAUCAACGCUCGUGAAGAGCAUCUACACGACAAAGAGGAGGAGCUCAAACGGAAAGAAGACGAGUUCAAAAGCUGGAGGAAGAUCGCCGGCGUUCAAAAGCUGGAGGAAGAUCGCCGGCGCCUGGAAGACGAGACUAACGAAAAGCGCAAGCAAGAGCGGCGCUGCCGAGACGCCAUGCAGCAACAGCAAGACCUGAACGACGCGUGGAAGCAGGAACAAUCCGCUAUUCAGAAAGAGCUACAGCGGCUCGUUCAGUGUCUUGAAGAACAGAAGAAGAGUAAUGGAUACGCGCCUAACAGUGACGGGUGGAAACAGAGAUUCGCUGUCGAGCAGGAGGUCAAGAGAGCUGCACAGGCCGCGCUGGAGGAAGCGCUUCGUGAGGCAGCUGAUUUUCGGAACGCAAUCACCGAGCUGAAGUUACGCCUAGCGUCCUACGUAGCAGGAGCGGCGGCGGAGCACGACAUCGAGCUUUUUGCAAAACGUUUUGCAGUCCCUCCUCACGAUGACAUUUCCUCAAGAUUCAAGCAGCGCGUUUUUACGGUGAACAUGAUGAAGAGAAUUCAAAAUGCCCGAGGUAUCGAGCUCGACGCAGACAUCUACAACUUCUCGCAGCAGCGGAACCAGCUAUGCCACGACUACACUGGAACUAAUGCGAUUAGCAUUCCACACGAGGAUUUUCAAGCGCUCUGCAGCAAAAUUCGAGCAGCCAUGCGUGACUUGCAUGCGGCGUAUUCGCAGUAG